AUGACAACAACAGCAACAGCCACCAGAACAACCGCCACCACCACCGGUACCUCCACCGGCAGUACAAGACUCCCAGAGAAGUUAUUUGAAGUCUUUCCUUGUACCGAAGCUCAGAAGGUGCAAUUGGCUGCAUUCACUUUUGAGGAAGAGGCGUGGAGAUGGUGGAUGCUUACGAGAACUAGACAUCAAGGAUUGACCGGGGAUAGGUUUUUGGAGAAAUUCUACGAUAAAUAUUUCCCACAGAGUAUGCGAGAUAAAAAGGUGACUGAAUUCGAAACCCUUAGGCAAGGGAACAAGACUGUUGCUGAGUAUGAAGCCCAAUUUGCCGAAUUGGCCCGGUUCGCACCUCAUAUGGUGGACACGAACUAUAAGAAGGCACGAAAAUUUGAAGGGGGAUUACGGGGUGCUAUUCUGGACCGAGUUAAUAUGUUGAAGUUGCCUACUUAUGUAGAAGUGUUGGAGAGGGCCGUUAUAGUAGAAGGGAAUAUUAAUGCACAAAACCGAAUUUCUGAAUGGAAAGGAAAAAGGCAAACCAAUCAGGGGUCGAAGGGGAUAACUGCUCUACCAAAUAAGAAAUACAAUUCAGGAACUUCAAAUGUUUUUACCCCUAAUCAAGAUUCAAUUCCUGUAUGUGUGGAGUGUGGAAAGAAACACCAUGGAAUAUGUUAUCGGAAGUCGGGAGCCUGCUUCCAGUGUGGGAAAACGGGACAUGUGAUAAGGGAUUGCCCUCAAAAGAAGCAGCAACAAAGUGGCAACCGGACUACUACCAGUUCAGCGAGGUCCGCACCAACUACCAACACCAAGGCAUCAGUCAACCCGAAUAACAAUAAGGAAGCCGCGCGAUAA